CGCUCUCUCUCUCUCUCACAGUUUGUUUGCCAUUGAAGUCAUUGUUAACUCAGAUUUUGUGGUCAUUUCUUGAGAUAAUUUCGGACAACAAAAGAGAUGCCGAAGAAUAAAGGAAAGGGAGGAAAGAACAGAAGGCGUGGUAAGAAUGAGAACGAGACCGAGAAACGGGAACUGGUCUUCAAAGAGGACGGACAGGAGUACGCGCAAGUGAUCAAAAUGUUGGGCAACGGACGGCUGGAAGCGCUCUGUUUCGAUGGCAUCAAACGCUUGUGUCAUAUCAGAGGCAAACUGAGGAAAAAAGUAUGGAUCAACCAAGGUGACAUAAUUCUGGUCGGUUUGCGCGACUAUCAGGACGCGAAGGCGGAUGUGAUCCUGAAGUACAAUCCGGAUGAGGCGCGUAAUCUGAAAUCGUACGGCGAAUUACCCGAAACGGCCAAAAUCAACGAUACGGUCACCUUUGGUGACGAAGAGGAGGACGAAGACAUCAUCGAAUUCGGCGAAGUGUCCGACGACGAGGAGAUCAAUGCAAUUUAAAUGGAAAGCGUUUUUCUAAUUCAUUAAUAAUAAUAACUAAUUGAUAAUAAAAACUAUAUAAAGAAUA